AUGAAACUAUACCAGGGAACUAAUGAUGAUAUACAGAACGACUUGAACACUUCUGAUUGGGGUCAAUUUAGGUCGAUACUACCUCUGGAUAAACUGAGAUUAUUGAAUUUUUACAUUGUGGAAGAGGUUUAUAAUAUUUUAUUUAAGAAUUUUUUGGCUGCUUUUGAUCCAAAUAUUGAUAGUGAGUUCGACAUCACGGCUAGUUCUUUAUAUGGGUCCCCGGUUCGAGAACUAGGGAAAGGAAGUUUUGGUAAAGUUUUCCUUUGGGAAAAAUUCAAUUCAAAAGAUCCGAAAAACAAUAAUUUUUUUGCAGUUAAAAGUAUUAAGAUUAACAAUAAGAAAUUUUUUUUGAAAAAUGAAUGUAAACGGGUUUUCAGAGAAUUUUUGAUUUGUUAUAAUUUACAAAAUGAUUCAAUUGUUAAAGUUUAUGACUUAUUAGUGGGUCCUUAUCAUGACGAAUUCUUACUUAUUCAAGAAUAUAUCCCCGGUAUUUCUCUAAAAGAGGCAAUCCCGGUGGAAAAGUUGUUUUAUCUACCAAAAUUUUGUGAUUAUAUCUUUAAACAAAUUGUUAUUUUGGUGAAAUUCUUACAUGAUCAUGAUAUUGGCCAUAAUGAUUUAAAACCGGCUAAUAUCAUUUUGAAUUUACAAAAUUUUUCAAUAAAAUUAGUUGAUUUUGGUCUUUCAAGAUUCUUAAGUGAAUUCUUAGAUAAUGAUUUAGAAUCAAGCUUAUUAAAAUCAGGUACUUCCCGUUAUUUACCUCCAGAACUGAAUUAUCCAAGUUUGAAUUAUUAUAGAAACGAUUUAAGCAUUAAAAGAAUUAUAAAAUCAAAGGAUACCUGGUGCUUAGGCUUAAUCUACUAUAAUAUGGUUUCAAAAGGUAAUAGCUUGUGGGAAAUUUCCCAUCCUUCCGAUAUAAAAUUUAACGAUUAUAAAGAACGUAACUUCAUUCCUAAAUUUCAUUCAAUUAUCGACUACCUUAAUAACUUGGCUGAUUCGGAUUUGGACGAAACAGUAAAUGCUUCUAGAAGAAUCAUGUUUUAUGGUAUGUUACAUCUACAUAAUAAUAAAAGAGUCCCAAUUGAAUAUAUCUUGGAUAGUUACUGGUUUCAAAAAAUCCCUAACCAGCUCUUAUUGAAUGAAAAAGAUUUUCAAAUAUGUGAUGACUUAUCUAAACUGUUUGAAUUUGAUGAUCAUAACGAUAGUUCAUAG